GAGAGCCGCUGCAGGACGGGGAGGUCCCCUUUGUCUUGGGGGCGCCCUGACGGAUGGGCACAGCACCCCCCAGGCCCCACCCGCCACGCGGGACCCCUCCCGUGAUCUCUGCUCCAUCAGCCCUUGGUCUGGAGGCUGCUGUGCUCUGACCUAGGGCUGAACACCCAUGGCCUGCUUGUCCCCUGACGUUGGAGGGUUUGGAGCAAAACACCCUUAACCUUGAGGAGGUGAUGGGAUUGAACUCCGCAGGACCCUCUGGCCGCGUGUGGGGGGAUGGAGGUAAUACCAGCGCUUUCUUGUUCAGAACUGAAUGGUGCACGGGCCGCUGUAAAGAACCGGCCUGGAGAACACCUGCCUCCCUGGUGUCGGAGCUUCAGCAAGAUGCCCAGGCAGCAUGUCCUGUGUGUGACCACAGAGCCGGUCGCGAUCCUGCGUGCUCACACCGGGUUCUGCACCCUUAGAGCACAUGCACGGCCUCCUGGACCCGCUACACCCACCACAUCUCUAUGUCCUGUUCCACAAAUAUGCGUACCACGCACAACAGUUUGAGAUUUGAAAGACCGUAAUCCUCUUCGUGAAUAACUCAAAUGAAUUAUUGGAAACCAACACGGUUAGCUACCUACAAACCUGAGAAGAGAGACGCUUGAUGCCUACCCCGCCUCUGGUCCAGAGAGGGUGGUCCUCAGGCUGCUCGCCGUGUGCCCCGCGCUGGCUCUGGAGCCUCCUGGUGCCAGGCUGGGGGUGCAGGUGCCACACUGCAGCCCCAGACCCGUCCUGCUCUGCCUUGUGAUUCUCCGGAGCUCUCCGCCUAGAAUCAGUUCGAAGGACAGUUUGCUCGUAUUUUGGCUUCUGCGAGCAGAGGGCACGAUGUUUGCACGAGGGUUAAAGAGAAAAAGCGCCGAGGACGGGGAGGACGUGGAAGGAGGCCUGGCGGGCACCCAGGCCACGCCUUCCUACAGCCUGCAGCGCCAGUCGCUCCUGGACAUGUCCCUGGUCAAACUCCAGUUGUGCCACAUGCUGGUCGAGCCCAACCUCUGUCGCUCGGUCCUCAUAGCCAACACGGUCCGGCAGAUCCAAGAAGAGAUGACCCAGGACGGGACCUGGCGGGUGCUGGCACCCCAGGCGGCAGGGCGGGCGCCGCUGGACCGCCUCGUGUCCACUGAGAUCCUGUGUCGCUCGGUGCGGGAGCAGGAGGGGGAGCGCCCUGCCGCUGACGUGGGAGAUGGCCGCACGCCAGGCCUGGUCCCGGGACUUUCCGCGGUCCCAUCUGCACAGGCCCUGCGGAGCCCGCAGAGCAGCCUCUGGGAAGUGGACAGCUCUCGAGAGAACAGAGGAGGCUUUCAGAAGUCACUAGAUCAGAUCUUUGAAACGCUGGAGAGUAAGACCCCUGGCUCUGUGGAGGAGCUGUUUUCAGACGUGGACAGCUCCUACUACGACCUGGACGCGGUGCUCACGGGGAUGGUGGGCAGCACCCAGUCAGGCCACGGCAGUGGGCUCCAGGCCUUCACCGCUGCGGCCACCCCGCCUCCCGGCUCCAGCUGCAGGUCGGAUCUGGGCGAGCUGGACCACGCGGUGGAGAUCCUGGUGGAGACCUGAGAGGGCCCCUGUGCCCCGAUGGGACACUUCACGGAUGGGUUCGUAAGGCGUCCAGAGUGGCCGGGAGUGCUCGCUGCCGUGCAUCUGCGAGCUCAGCGCCUGGUUUGUCUGUGAUGAGGAGAACCUUCCAGAACAACAUCUAGUCGCCCUCUCCCCUUUCUUCCUGAAGGGGCUGCGUGGUUUUCCAUUGGGCUGGUCACCCAGGCCGGCCGCUGGUGUCCUGCUGCAGCUCCGUGACCAGCCUGGUUUAACUUUAGAUAGGUGAAUUUUUUUAAAUUAAGUUUUAUAUGUUUUGGGCAAUAUUUUGUCUUAAGAUAUAUUUUUUAAACUUUUUAUACUUUUAUCUUUUUAGAUUUUUUCAGCUAUUUUCUUAAAAGUAUAUUUUUUCUAUAAACAUUUUCUGCUGCUACAUUAGAAACUUAUAACCUAAACAGUUGCAGUCGGUGUAUUUCUUUUUAUAAGGUUUAAAUAAGGACUUUUUUACACGAGGCUUCACUAUGUUCUGUGUAGCGUACCUGGAUCAUGAAUUUUCUCUUUAUGUUGGCGUGAGCCUUCUCCACGUCCUGUUACAAUUAGAGCACCUUGCGCUGCCCCACCUCUUAUUCUUGAGUGUCAUUACCAGAUCUGCUGUGCCAGCCAUGUCUCCAGUGUGGAUCUCGGAGGGUUUUAUUUAUGCCUAUUUAUGUGUCAGUGUUGGAGGCGAGGGUCUCCGGCCCCCGGGGGCGUCAGGCGGUGCCUUCAGGGGCUCUUGACUCCCGGGCCCCCUCCUGUACGUGCCCUGCCACCGUGGAGGCCCCUGACUGGCGUGGACAUUGAUCAAGGGAAGCGUCAUUAAAAUGCAGUGAGGAGUCCGGGGGGCUCUCCCGCUGUCCCACUGGACAUCAAGGAUCGUAAGUCACUGGCCCAGCAGGAGAAGCUUCGGCCGGAGAGUUGGUUCCAGGCCCCACGGGAAGAAACCCACCAGAAACGGCCAGAGACGAGUCCCUGUCAUCCUGGACUCCCACUUCUCGCCUGUGGACUUCUGUUCAGAACAGCCCUUCCAACUUCCUCCCUCCUCCAUAAAUAACGUUCCUCUCAUUUGUUGGCCUUGCCUCUGGUUCUGCCAUAGUGGGUUGCGAUUCUCUUAUUCCUGAAUAAACCCAUUCUGCUGGUAAAACGGUCAACACUCGCCUGGCUGCUGGACCCACGUUUACUGGGCUGGCGUGCACAGGCUGCUGGGUGCCCGGUGUGCAUGGGAAGGGUGCUGUCUGGGUACCGCGGGCCUGCAGAGUGCCACGCUUGCUCUGGGACGCUGGUGCUGGGCAGAACUUCAAGGUUAAGUCUAGAAUUAAAUUUGGACACUCACUACAUGUGACCUCCCAAUCCUGGGGGCCGUUGGUGGGGUUGGUGGGGCAGGGCCACCUAAGUGGGCUCUGGGGUACCUGCGCGCGUGACCCCGUGACGCUGUCCUGGACGCUAGGAACACUCAGACCUUUAUUUGUUUCACUGGUUUACAUGUAAGACCGCACUCUCUCCCCACUCCUGCCCCACUCCUGCUUCUGCCUUUCCUUCCUUACCCAGCCCUUGGCCAAAAAGACCUGUUUCUUUCCAACAUGUGACCUUUCUUUAACAUCAGCCAUGUAUGCGUCUCUUUAUUAAAAAUUAUCCAUCA